GCCCAGAUUGCUCAAUCUCCGGUCAGGUCUUAUUUCAGCAGACGAAGCAUCGUUGAGUUUUCGUUACGCUGAAGCGAAACUAGUCGGCCUCUGUCGCCGCACAUUAGUGUCAGCUUUCCGGUGACUACACGUUGACACAACUGCGGGCGCUUGGAUUGGACUCUGGCCGUUCACCCUACUCCAGAAGACCGGGAUGUCUUUCCUGGCGAAGCCGACCACCGGCCGGCUACUCCUUGACGACACAGUCCCGCUGACGGCGACGAUCGAAACCACCCAGAAUUUGCAGUCCCACACAGAAUACAUCAUCCGAGUCCAGAGGGGAGUGUCCACAGAGAACAGCUGGCAGGUCAUCCGGCGCUACAGUGAUUUUGACGUUCUCAACAACAGCCUGACGGUGUGUGGCGUCAGCCUUCCUCUCCCGGCCAAGAAGCUGAUCGGCAACAUGGACCGCGAGUUCAUUGCAGAGAGGCAGCGCGGCCUGCAGGCUUAUCUGGAUGCCGUUCUUCAGCAUCCUCUGCUGUGCGCCGCCCUGCCCGUCAAAAAGUUCCUGGACCCCAACAACUACGCUGCCAACUACACCGAGAUCGCCCUGCAGCAGGUCUCCAUGUUCUUCCGUUCAGACCCCAAGUGGGUGGUGAUGGAGCCCCUUCGAGACGUUGGCUGGAGGAUCAGGAAGAAGUAUUUCCUGGUCAAAAACAAAGAACAAGCCAAGGAGAGGUACCUGCUCGGCUGGGUGGACUUGGGCCCUGACAAGUUCCUGUCCGACAAAGACCUGCAGUCCAUCAUGAAGCUCCUCACCAGCCUCUCUAGUCCAUACCUGUGCCCGCUGUUGUUCUCCAGCACCAGCGAGUCUUCGGCGCUUCUCAUCCGACCUUUCAGUGAGGCCGGCUCCUUGCGAGAUCACCUCUGUAAGGUGAAGCCCAGAGAGAACUACCUGAAGAAGUAUGGCAACCCCAAAAAGACUCAGCCUCUCGAGCUCUCGGACAUCAAACUCUACGGCCGACAGAUACUGGAGGGCCUUCGACUGGUGCACGAGAGCGGCCUGUUCUUCGGCCACCUGCAUGCCUCCAACGUGAUGCUGGAGCAAGGCGUGUGUCGCCUGACGGACGUCGAGAACGGCGUGCUGGGAGUCCCUUCGGCCCUGCGACCCGCCAUCACCCACUUCCGAAAGAUUAACACAAUCGAAAGCGUGGACGUCUUCUGCUUUGGCCAUUUACUCUACGAGAUCACGUACGGCCGACCGCCAGACAACGUCCCUGUGGACAAUUAUCCUCCCAUCCCCUACACCGCCGUGGUGUCGGUGCUGCAGUCCAUCUUGUCGACAGAGGCCUGCAAGUCAGGGAUGCCAACAGUCGCUCAGCUCAUUCAAACACCGCUGUUCAGUGACGUUCCACUCGCGCACUCGGAGAAAGUUGCCAUCCGGGUGCCGAGCAGGCUGAAGGAAUCCCUGAGGGCGGCCAAGGACCGUGUGGAAAAACGUCUGCAGGACGAGCAGAAAGUGUUGCACCAACACAAGAGACUCACCAGAGCACGCUCCCAUCACGGCUCAGAGGAGGAGAAGAAGAGAAGGAAGAUUCUGGCCAGGAAGAAGUGCAGGCAGUCCACAAUUGAAAACGACGACGACCUCUCUGUCCGGAACAACAAUAACUCUGGCUCGGGCGCCAGUUCCCCUCUCACGUGUCCUUCGUCCCCCACGCCGCCGCCCACCACAGGUGUUCCUCCUCCUCCCCCUCCUGCGCCAGACACCUCGUCCUUGUCCUCGUGCUCCUCCUCCUCCGUGGUCGCCCCCCUUCCCGGAGGUCGCGCUGCCCUUCUGAGCUCCAUCCAGGCUUUCAGCAAAGGAAACCUGAAGAAGGCCCAGACUCGAGACCGCAGCUUCUAAACGCCGCCGUCCUCCCAACGCUCCCUCACAUGUGAAGACAAAUCCUUUGCAAAACAAUCCAAAUGUUUACUUUUUGGGUUUCUUGACAUUGGGAACGGCGGUCCCCGGCCGACGAAUGCUGGAAAUCUGAAUGUUGACCUUGGGCGGUGAAGAUAACAUCCAGUUUCUUUCUUCCGGAUUGUUCUCGAUGCCAACGUCUGUCGUUAUGGCGCCUUCCUGAUUCCCGACCUGUAACUGGAACAUCAUCUGCCCUCUGCGAGGAAGCGUUUACAAAAUUAAGAGUUGUUUGUAUGCCUCAUAGUGAUAUUUUCAGAAAAAAAAAAAAGAAUCUGCAGUUUUGAGAGGCAAAAUGACCCAAACAAACACAAAACACGGAUUUGGUUAUUAUCAAAAGAAGUAUUUUCCUAGUAAAUUGAAAGAAUUAAAAUUGUAUUUUAUGCAACUCAGUGCUGGGGAUUAAAAAAAAACUUGUUUCCUUUUGGAAAAUGCCCAAUGAAAGCAUGUUUCUCUGAUUUAAGUUUCUAGACAAUAUAGACAUUUCUUCUGAUUUUGUAUUUAUAAAUUCACCGAACGUUCAAAAUGCAUGUUUUCGUAUGUCCAAAAAAAAGGCCCUAAAAAGCAUUGAAAUAAUUUACAUAUAAUUUCUUUAUGAUGUAGAAGUCGCGGAUUGAAAGCACCCGCCCCUAAGGAUACAUUUGGUGAAAAAAAAGUUGUUUCUAUCUACCUAUACUUUAGAAAAUGGUGUGUGGUUUUCAUUGGUAAUGAUAGUUUUGUGAGCUCUUUUUUUUGUCAAGGAAAAUUGUAUAUCUUUUUAUUUUAAACUGCAAAACAAGCACAAAAAGUGGCAAUUGCAAGACUUCCCGUUUGACUUUUUUUUUUUUUAAUUAUUGUUGCAAUGUUUCUUCUCAUUUCAUCUUAAAACGUUUGCACCAUCAGAGCUUUUAUUGUGCCAUAUAUGUAUGACAUGAUCCUUGUGCCUCGAGAUGAAUGUCUGAAUGUGUGUAGGAUUAGAUUGCAAUUGGGUUGGGGCGUUUUUUGUGCGAAGCGUCGGUGGUGGUUCGAAUGUGUUUGUGGCUUAUUUUUACGCCCUUGUUGUAUUCCACUUGAAUUGUGGCCGAAUGUUCCUCUGCAGCACUUUACCCUUUAAAGGCAAACUUUGUGACGUCACCAUAAACAAUAAAGUCCCAGAUAGUGUUUGA